AUGGCAACACCUUCAACAACACCAGCAGUGGUAGAGGUCUCAGGGUUCAAUGAACAUCUUGUUACCGAGUGUGAUGCCAAAGACAAGUUUAGUCAGUGUCCAAGAUGUAAAGAYGUGGUACUAACUGUUGAUCUAGAAGAACACAUCACUGAUAACACUUGUGCUGCACCCAAAGGUGGUAAAGAUGCCAGUGUCUGUCCUUUGUGUCGAACAGUAGUUGGUCCAGAGGAAGAGGUAAAGACUUUGUUGGUUUGUUUAGUGUAAGCUGUAACUUCUUUA